UUCAGUAAUGCAGCAAUUUUUUGUUGCCAACAAAAAUCAUUUCUUGGUCCAUUCUUUUUCUCUAUGAGAGCCCCCGACAGCGUUGGAGUGACUUGCCGCAACCUGAUACCAAGGAAAAGGGGAAUCGAUUGACGAAAGAACAGAAGAUGCCUCUCCCGAUUGCCAUAGGAGGAGCUUCACUCUCAUCGGAACAGCUCCGGAAAGCGUUCCGACCAUCCAGUGGAUCACCAGCAGUCGCAGCUUCGAUCCGGGAAGAUGGAGACGACAAAAAUAGUGGACAGCCAUAUCAAAGUGUGUCCUGGGCCGUUUGUCCACAGAAUGAAUGGCAGGCAAGAACCGUGGUAUCCUUUUACGAUGACGACAACAGAAACAGAAUACAGCGCCCGAGGUGGCGACGAAGAGAUGAGCCACAACCAAUAAAAAAGAAACGAAUGGUAGAAAUUCGGGUCCAAAUUUCGCCCUUGACCAGUGCCUUUUCUUCGAAAGCUUUUAGAGAGACGAGAUAUCAUUUGGAAUUGCUUACCAACUUUGAUGAAGAAGGCGAUGGCGAAGAUAAAGCUACGAAUGGCGGUGAAGGGGUCUCGUCGUCCUCAAACCGUUCUUUGCUAUCGGAUUUAGAUUCGUAUACGGAUUGUACGUCUCGAUCAAAAAGUAGCAAUAGAAGUCUAAGUCACCAGCACCAGACGCCACAAGUCGUGUUCUCGGCAGACAGGAAGCAUCUGAUGGUGCUGGUCUUUCACCCAGAAUCUAGGAGGAAAAGGAUACAGCAAAAGGGAUUGCGCUCGCAAUCUUCCCUAAUUCUUUUCCAAUUACGAGCCCCGAAAACCACUACAAAUGAUUCCAAUGAAAGAAGCGCUAUACCGCUUCCACCGUAUAUUGUGACGACCAAAAGUGAGCAUAGUGACGAUCUCAGCACGUCACCGUCCUCGCCAUCAGGUGCAAGCACAAAUGCGAAGUCUCCAGUCGUGGCUACCCACCCGAAAUUUGUACCUUGUUGGGGCGUGACCACCGUUUGUCGUCUUGGAGGCGGCACCGAUGAUACUUUUUAUCAUGGAAGUACUGCGCAGGGAGAGGAGAACCAAAAUAAUGCAAAUGCACAGCAGCAGCACCAACAACCGAACUCUUUGUCCACAACUAUCUUUUUGGCAGUUCGAAGCGAUGGGACUCUUCUUUGGGUUGACACACAAUCUGUCCGAGUUACUGCCACAGCACGCUUGCCGUCAGCACUUUGCAACGAUCUGGUUUUUGGAUGCAUCAAAGCGUCGCCUAUAUCGACACUCGAGAAGGGGAUCCUGGCGUUGGUAGUCACUUCUUCGUCUUCACCACCACAGCAUUCAACGACGUCGACCUCGACGUCAUCACAAUCUUCGGGCACUUCUUUGUCAGACAACGAUGUCGAGGAUGACGAUAUCUAUGGAUAUGGUAACACUAGAACCAGUGAAGAAGAUCAUGACGAAGAGAAAAUCCGUAGGGGAGAUUGUGUCUUGGUGAAGUGGUCCCUUGUAUCGGCAACACCGGUUCAGAAAACAUUUUUAAGGCGUGCUAGUACAGGAAAUGUUUCUUUUCAAUCAGACUCGGACUGGGAUCAACAAAACGAGAACAAACGAUUCUCUCAAACAAAGCGAUCUGAAGGACUGACUGACUCGUUGACGAAAACAAAUGAGACCUUCGAAGACAAUAUGAAUCCUUUGCAGCGAAUGCUCGGGAAUCUCAAUAAACAACAGAAUAUUGCGGCUGCCAUGGAAGAAAAAGAAGAACAACUUCGUCGCAAACAACACAUGGAUCAGUUCGUAUUGCAACAAUUAAAGAAGAAAGACGUCGGAUUAAAAAGUGGGACGUUUUCAUCGCCCUCCUCGUCAUCACCAUUUCUACAUCGAAGGGGCGGGGAGAAGACGGCCCAUCUGGUUAAGCCUCCACCUAGUCCCCGCUCUAGUAGAUCGCUAUUUUCAAGACGAUCUAGUGGUACAACCGAUAGUAUGAAUAGCGAAUCAGGGUGUGACAUGGCAAUGCCAAACAUUCAAAAAAGCAUGCAAGUAAAAAUACUUUCGGUUUGGUCACCGCCAUCGUUAUCAGCAUCUGGUGCUAGAAAUCAAUACUCAGAAGAAAAUAGCAAGGCAAUUGUUGGUGAUGUUUGUUUCGGUUCUAUCCCAUCCAUCCUAUGUGUAGUCUAUCACGAGAGUCAAUCAGCGCACAAAUCGUCACCAUUCUCUCCUGUGAAACGGGUUGGACAAAUUUUGGCAAUAGAGAAGAGGAGCAAUGGCAAUAGCUGUGAGCUGUUACCAGUUGUUUCACUCUAUUUGUCCUCGGAACAGGUAGCAGAGGCACCAAGUGUGUCAAAUUACAAGACUGACAUUCUUUUAGAUUGCAUGUCAAGCUUGGAUGAGAGCAGCUACACUGAAAGUAUAGAAAAGAGUGAAAUCUCUACUCCCGAAAUUUUACCAUCCCAAAUGAUUGGCAUCGAACACGACCCCUUUACGGAUUCGUUUGUGAUCAAUGCAAUAUUUAAUGGUGACAAAAAAAUGCAUUGGGUUGGGUGUGCUUGGGAUUGGAGAUCAAAUGCCAUUGGAUGGAUGAUUCAACAAGAGAUUGCGUCGUUAAACUUAGGUAGAAUCGGUAGCGACAAUCAGGUUUGGGCGCGUUUGUACUGCGGGCGAGACCCAUGCAAUGGAGGAGGAUCAUAUCUGAUCUACAUCAAUUCGUCUCAGCGAUAUGAUGUGAACUAUGAUGGCGUUGAUCUUGAUGCUAGUACUGUGUUUAUUGUCAAAAAUGAAAAAAGAACGAUUCCUAUGGCGAUACUGUCUCCAACAAAUUCGAUGAACACAAGAAUUUUUACUGAACGUUGCUCAUUGCUUCUUGCCAAGGAUCAUAUCUCAUUUCCAAGCGUCUCGAGACAAGAUUCUAAUACAACCAUGCGAAAGAUAGGCUGGAAGAUUUCUGCACUACCUCUGUCGUACGUUAAGUCCCAUGGAGCGCCUCAAAUCGCGGCAAUCAGUCCCUCCACCGCUAAAUCAAUUGCUGUGGCCUCCGCAUGUGGUGUUUGUGUCUUGGAUACACAGAAAGGGAAUGGAAACAAAUGGAAACAAUUUGGAACUCCAAGCGAAGAAGUUUUGUUUUCUACGAUUGCCAUGACAUGGUGGGAGGGAUCUCCAGAUGGCGUAUGGGAUGAUGAAAAAGAUGACCUUCUCGUAGCAGUCACCGAAACCAAAAAUGGGGAACAGUUUCUGUCAUGCUGGUCGUCUAAACGGUAAGAAAAGAGGCCAAUCAAUGAAUUUCAGUUCUUCGGUUUGUGAUUAUGACCCAAUUUCUUUUUCACUUACAAUAUGUAUCGUUUCGCAGUUUGGAUCUCAUGCAUCAAUUGUUGGAUACGCCUGACCUUGAAUGGAAACCGGGGGAAUCGCAAGAUCCCGAACCAUCUUUUGGCAUACCUCUACCAAAGGAUAUCAAAGUAACAAACAUCUCACUUCUUCCCCAGCCUCAAAAUGGAUUGUCUCGGCGUAGUGGUGAUCCACGAAAAGCUGUAGUUCUCGUUUACUCACCUGACCUAGAGAUAGAAUGUGAAUUCCUUGUCUUAAGGCUACAGGUAUUCCGAAACAAAGUCCCGAGUUCUCACGCGGUGGGUGAGUCAUAUGUAGCAAGGAGACCAUUUUACGUCAUGGCUCACACUGCCCUCAGGGCAAGUAUGAAGCAUGAUAAACUGCCAGGAUCAGUAACGUCUGCUUUUAUUGCAGGUGCAAGCUUCAAAUAUGAUUUGACAAAAUCCGCAGAAAAGAAAUCGAACUCAAAUAUCGGGGACAAUGAACUUUUGGUCACGCUCGGAUUGAAUCGUACAUCUGGAGGAAUGUAUGCAUAUUCUGCAUUUGAACACGGCAAUUUGCGCAUCGCUUCGUUAUCAAAUUUGCAAGUGUCAAAAUACCAGUUAUCCGAUAUCGUUGUUUUCGGCGCCCCCUCUGAUGUCGACUUAAUGCCGGUGGUUAAAUUCGUCUGGAACAUUGAACUUUUGAAUGGUGACCUUGUGUGCUGGUCCGUGCCAUCAUCUGUUGCUCCUAAACAUGAUCAAAUUGAUGAUUAUAUGGCCGAUUUAUCCAUUCAAAAUGAAACAAAUAAUCAAAGAACACCUGGAGUGAAAGGGCCGAAAGGACUUCGUCCUCCUUUUUUCGUUUGUGAUGAGAAAUGCACAAACAAGAAUGAACGUUUGGCCCUCGGCACCCUUUGUGAAGUCGGAAGUGUUUCCGAUUGGGCCUUUCAAUCAUCAUCUGGUUGUCAAACUGACAUAUCCCUUGGAGUUGUACCACAGUCGGGGUUUGGCUGUGUACUAAGAUCUGGACAGAAAUCCCAGAAAUUUGCUAGAAGUCAAAUAGGAGACAUCGGUAGUGGUCUAUUUUCUUCAAAUCUACUCGAUAUGAAUACAUAUUCUCAAAGUGUGUUUGUUAUUACACCACCAGCAUUUGUAAUAUCACUUUAUGCCCUUCUUCUAGAAGCAGCAUCAAUCCGAAUGGACUCCGGGCUGGAAUCAUUGAUUGACAAAAAGAGACACCUCAAGGUACGAAAUUAGCUCUCCACAUAUCCUUUGAACUAUUCACUUUCCGAAUGUACUAAUCUAUUUUCUGUGUUGCAAACAUAUUUGAGAAGGUGAUAGAAGGGCAAGUUCAAUCUAGAUUGACAUCAGAGGGAAACGCUGACAUGUCGAUGAUGGCGCUGCGAUUAAUUAUUUUUAGAUCUUUGGAAAUGAUAACCAAGAUGCAUAGAAGAUACACCAAAGAUCCAUCAAACUCAAUGGAAUUCAAUCUCCUAUUAAGUCAAAGUCUGCUGGCAGUAGUUGUGAACGCAGUCCGAGAGUGUACAACCAAUCUUCGAUUUGCGUCACUUCUCUUAGAAGUUGGCCGGCAAACGGAACCCGGUAACUUACAAUUUCUUUUCCCUCUACCAUUGCCAGAUAAAAAUAUUGAAUUGAAGCAUAUACCCAACAAAUUCACAGCCAGAUCUGCAAUAGAUCUUUUUACAAUCUGCAUGAACGAAGGUUCCCUAGCAGCAUCCGCGUCAGCAUUGCCGUUGUUAACCAGCAAAGACCAGGCACGUUAUUAUUGUGGAUUGCUCUUGGACGAAGCAAUCCAUAACUUCAUCCAAAACACGAAAUCUACUGAUUAUAAUUUCGAUAAGACUGAAGAAGAGCGACGUGCGCUGGGUGAUUUUUGUCGUUUUGGGAUGAAGCUUGAAGAUGCCGAAUGUUUUGAAGAAAAGCUCGUCACCGAGAAUCAGGAAAAGAGAACUGGUCGUGACAGCAACUCGGUCGAUACAAUGGAUCGAAGUUCUUCAAACCAAAGUCUCAUUCUAGAAACUCCUGAAAUGGCGCAGCGCAAUCUGAUUUGCACCUUGAAUGCAAGCAGCUCUAUCCUCAAUUAUAUCGUUCCCUCUACCAUCAAAGGAGAAACCGAGAAACAAAGAGAAGAAGACGCUAUUCGACGCGAGGCAACUACUUUUAUUAGCAAAAGCUUAGACGAUCCAGCACUCGAUUUCGCAAUGCUACCGAACUGGGAUGAGAAUUUUGAUUCUCAACACUCCAAUGGAGCCGAGAUAACUAAUAUAGCCAGUUUGGUCGGAGAUGCAUUGCUUGGUUUGAUACAAGAAGAACAGGCCGAUAACAAUUGGAAAGCAAUAUCUGCUAUUUCAAAGAUGAUUUUGCAAGAAGGCGCAGAUGUUUUGUAUUCUUUCGACUUGUUUGUUGAAAUGGCGAACAAAUCGCAGCCGUUGGACAUUCUGUCUAUGAUUCCGGAGUCAUACGAUGUUAAUAAUGGAAUCGAAGAAAAUUUGACAAAGUACAUUGAAGAAGAAAUCAACUCGAGUUCUGCGCAGAUCAAUGAUCAUGACGCAGAAACUGUCGUUGACUUGGCACUUCUACUUAUUCAGCGGAUACAUACAUUACCAUUAGCUGACAUUGCGGACCAAGCCUUGAUGGAAGUUGGCCUUGUUAUUAUAGUGAUGGUGGGUUGUGACAUAAUGGGGCGCUCAGCAUUUAUCCAAGAUAUGCUGGAUCAAGAUUGCAUCUUGAAUAAAUGCUACAAAGAUGCCACAACUGCAGGGAAAGAGACAGUACCUACUCAUGCAGCUUGAUCUUUUUGUUUCAGAACUGUUCACCAUGCACGUGGGUCAAAUAACAAGACAAUCGCAUUUAACGCAACUUUUAGAAAAUGUGUACCCUUCAUUGAACUUCGACUGAGACAGUUCUCAAUAGUUUCUUUGGUACAAGAACCAUUCAUCCCAAAACUACUAAAGACGUGCCUCUGUCCAAGAAACAAUGAAUUUCCUGUUUCGCAGAAACAUGUGAGGUUCACUUCUUUGCCUAUGCAGUAGACAGGAAGUUGAUUUGACCAUUUUUCUUUCCGACGACCUGAAGAUUUAUGGAGAAUGUUUGGGUCACAUCUUGAUACCGUGUUGUGACACACACUUUUCCAUUCAGGAAAUCAGCCAAUUUUAUUGUCUUCUCUUUGAAUCUGCCGACUUGCCUUCUACUGCCUUGAUAACAUUCUUGUGUUGGUACGCUACGGUAAGCAUCUUACUGACUAAAGAGAAUCUUCAGGGUAAAUGAUGUUCACGGCGCUUCACAUGAAUGGAAACACAUAUGGCAUUGCUAUUCCGGAUCGGCCUUGGAUAUACUUGAAUUUCGGAAUAAGUAUGAAAUCCUCAAGUAUGAAAUCCGUAAGUCGUGAACUCCUGUCACACGUCGAUGACUUGCCAUUCAUGGACAAACGUCAAAGGGAAUAAACUGGAGAUCUAUCACAGUUUCACUAUCGAAAUAAAUUGAUUAAAAGGGAGAAAAGACA